UAAAAGAAAAAAAAUUCUAUAAAUACUCAAGAAAUUAGCCUUUCAAACCAUGUCCAAAAAUUCUUACAACCUUCAAUGGAUAUCAUCGUUGCUCCAGUCAUGACUCGGAAUCGCCAGGAAGAGACCAAGGUCGUCUCCACCCUCCGAAAACCCACCAAAGGUGGCUGGAAUUCUGCCAUCUUCAUUAUCUUUGUUGAGGUGAGUCUGAGGUUUGCCUACUAUGGUUUGGCUGGUAACCUCAUAACAUACCUCACAAAUGAUCUUCAUCAGUCCACUUCCACAGCCAUCAAGAAUGUCAACACAUGGGUUGGUGUAUCAGCAAUCUUCCCCAUCUUCGGAGCAAUUGUAGCUGACUCUUUACUUGGCCGCUUCAAGACCAUCCUUCUCGCCUCAGCCAUUUACUUCCUCGGGAUGAUUCUGUUGACCUUAUCGGUCUCGGUAAUUCCUAUGCGUUACCGUGAGGCUGUGUUCUUUAUUGCUCUCUACAUACUAGCUGUUGGUGAAGGUGGGCACAAGCCAUGUGUGCAGACCUUUGCAGCGGAUCAGUUUGAUGAGGAGAAGCCAGAGGAGAAGGCGGCCAAGAGUUCAUUCUUCAAUUGGUGGUACUUAGGUAUAGUGGCUGGCGGAUCUUCUGCUGUCCUGUUGGUCAUUUACAUUCAGGACAAUGUGGGAUGGACAGCAGGAUUUGGAAUGCUGACAGGAGCAUUGGGGGUGGCAUUGUUUAUAUUCUUAGCAGGAAUUAAGAGAUAUAGGAAACAAGCUCCAGUGAAAAGCCCUUUCACCAUGGUGGCACAAGUAUUUGUGGCAGCCAUGCGGAAGCGGCGCGUGAUCGAGACUCACCAAGGUUUGGGCAUUUGUUAUGAGGCAGUAGGGACUGACGUGGAAGAUCAAACCGGCAACAGUCGAACUUUGGCUGCCACAAGUCAAUACAGGUUCUUGGACAAGGCCAUGAUCAUUGACAAUUUGGAUGCCUCAAGCAAGCCAAGAAACCCUUGGCGUUUAUGCUCACUGAACCAGGUGGAAGAAGUGAAACUUGUGCUGCGCCUCCUCCCCAUUUGGUUAAGUUGCUUCAUGUUCACUGCGGUAUUAGUUCAAACAUACACUCUUUUCAUCAAGCAAGGCAGCACAAUGAUCAGAUCAAUAGGACCAAGCUUCCAAGUUCCACCAGCAUCAUUCCAAAGCCUCGUAGGCCUCACGAUCCUCUUUACCAUUCCGAUCUAUGACCGCAUCUUCGUCCCUGCGGCAAGAAAAUUAACUGGACACCGCUCUGGUAUAACUAUGCUACAACGGAUUGGCAUUGGCCUGUUCCUGUCUAUAGUUGAAAUGGUAGUAGCAGCUCAAGUAGAGGCUAAAAGGGUUAGCAUUGCAAGAGCGCACGGUCUAAUGGACACCCCAAAAGCAACAAUCCCGAUGAGUGUCUGGUGGAUACUCCCACAGUACAUGAUCAGCGGCAUAUCAGAUGUGUUCACGGUCGUUGGAUUGCAGGAAUUGUUCUACGAUCAAAUGCCGGAAUCGAUGAGAAGCCUCGGAGCUGCAGCCCAUAUAAGUGUGAUCGGAGUUGGGAGCUUCAUCAACACUGCUAUUAUAACUGCGGUGCAGGCCAUUACAGCAAGGUCCAUUGGCAUUUUACUUGGUGACAAUCUAAACCGUGCCCAUGUUGACUACUUCUACUGGGUGCUGGCAGCAUUGAGUGCUUUAAAUUUUUGUGUUUACUUGUGGAUUGCUAGUGGUUUUGUGUACAAAAAAGUUGAAGGUGAGGAGGAACCACGAUAGAGCAGGGGAUUGGGCUUGGACAUGUAGACGCAAAGACACGAGGUUGUAUUUGCAAUAUUAAGUAGAAAUUAUUAGAGAAAGUAAUAAAGUAAAUCGCUUUUUUUAA